AUGAGGACUAUUGUUGCGUCCUUUCUUGUCACAAAAGAAAUAAGACAACGAGGUCGAUUUGCUGGAUUUUCGCUCUACCUGUCCAAUACUACGAGUAAAGAUGAUGGCUAUCUGUGUUAUAAAGAUGGACCAGAGUUACCUCCAUUAGACUUCAACACCACAUGUAUAAAACAUGGGCGGUAUUUGACAUUCUACAAUGAAAGAUUGUUAAAAAUAUCUUAUCCUGAUGAAUAUGAAAGCAUGGUCAUCACUGAGCUGUGUGAAGUCAUGGUUUAUGGUUGUGAAAAUUCGGCUGUUUAUGGCUCAAACUGCAACACAUCUUGUCCAAGUAAGUGUCAAGAACAAAGAUGUGACUUAAUAAACGGUACGUGCUUAGGAUGUGUACUGGGCUGGAAAGGAGAUUUCUGUGAUCAAUCAUGUCUAGCAGGAACCUUUGGUCUUGAAUGUAAUGGCAGUUGUUCGGGACAAUGCAAAGAUAAUGAGACCUGUGAUCAUGUGACUGGAUUAUGUCCUAAUGGCUGUGCCCAUGGGUGGACUGGAUCCUAUUGUCAACGGCGAUGUCCUUUAGGAACAUAUGGUAGAAACUGUAUUUACAACUGCAGUGGACACUGUCUACAAAAUACCUACUGUGAAAGAGAAAAUGGACAUUGUUUGAACGGAUGUGACCCUGGGUAUAUUGGACAACUUUGUGAUACAGAGUGUCCUCAACAUACGUUUGGGAAAGACUGCAAAGAUAACUGCAGUGGGCAUUGUCUGAAUGGAGAAACCUGUCGUUACAAUGACGGUGUUUGUAACAAUGGAUGUAUAGCGGGUUACAUAGGAAUACGAUGUGAGAAAGUUUGUCCUGAGGGAUUCUAUGGAUCCAGUUGUACAGCCGUUUGUUCUAAAAGCUGUAUCGACAUUUGUGAACACACCGAUGGAAAAUGUUCAUGUGCACCAGGCUGGAUGGGUUCACCAAACUGUUCUGAAGUUGCAGCAAACAUUGUAAAAACGGUAAAACCUGUAGCAGAUUUGACGGGAGCUGCCCUGAAGGGUGUCUGGAGCCUUAUGAGGGAUUAA